UCGGGUAUUCAAGGCCUCGUCGACGCGUUCUUCUCCAACGACCCCUAUUACUCACGUCCUACCUCCGGCGAUACCUUGUAUAACGUAUUCCGCUCCGCUUACCUCGCAGCCUGUGCCGACGAACAUGAACAUGGAGCUCACGCUUUCUUGGAUGCCGUUGAAGCUGAGUGUACGAGGAGA